UUGCAGGCUGUUGGUUGGUUUAGAAGGGUGUAGUGCGGAAUUUGCUAUAUUUAGCUAGAGAUACAAUUAACCUGCAUUUCUUUUAAGGUGGGUGACUAUCUAUGUUGCAGAAUAUAGCUAACGUCAGUUUGCAGGACAUGUGCUCUGUAACCCAUCUAGUUAGUUGGCUAACUUUAGCUUGCUGGGUAAUCCUUACCACAGACCACAUAUAGCUCUUAGCUAUUACCUACUGGAAAGACUGUCGCUGUUUUCAGAGUAACUACAUAGCUAGAAACUAUCACCAUGGAUGGUUGUGGGGAAGGCAGCAGGACCAACAGACUGAUGGUGGAAAAGCUAUCCUUGUCCUGUGAUAGACUGCUAUCUCACCUACAGCUGGCCUGCUGUCCCUCUCACUGUGCCUCACCACUACAAGGCAAGGACCUGUUGAUACACUGUCUCCUGGACACAGAGCUGAAGGCCCUGCGACUGACAGGUCACCAUGGAGACAUCUCUGCCAUGGUGUUUGGGACAGGUAGAGACCCUCUCCUGCUCUGCUCUGCCUCUGCAGAUUAUGUCAUAGUCUGGGACAUCCGGCGCUGCUACAGGAGAACUAGGGAGGGGGUAGUUGCGUCUGGUACAGUUAUUGGGACACUACUGGGCAAGGUAGUCCAUCUGUCAUUUUGUCCCUGUGAUGAGCGAGUGGCUGCAUGCUCAGGGGCGAAAGUAUACAUACUCAACUCCAAUAUAGAGGAAGUGUUGUCUGUGCUGGCUGGCCACCUGGGACCUUUGACAGCAGCUGAGUUCUGUCCAUGGGACAAAGACAUCCUGGUGUCCAUAUCAGAAGACCGCACGUUUAAGGUUUGGGGAUUAAAAAUGGAACAGAUUCUCUAUCAGUCUGCUGUGUUGUCAGCAUCUCCACUACUCAGUAUGUUGUUCUUGGAGAAGAGCAGGCAGCUUGUCACUGGUUCUGCUGAUGGACAGGUGUGGAGCUUCACUCUUCCUGAGGACCACAGAUGUCAUUUGGUGACCAAAUUGGACCUUCACAAGGUGCAGCAACGACACCAAAGACACCUGGACACAGUGGUCCCACAGACUGGUGGUGUACUAGGAAUCACUCCAGACUCAGUGGAGACGGCAAAGCCAGUCCUCAGACUUUGUGCUUAUCACAGGCUACCUGACAUUGAUCAUGGGCAGCAGAGCUGGGUGUGGAUGGGAAGCUCUGAUGGCCUCUACCUGGUUGACCUGGGCACCUCUGAGCUCCACAUGACACUACUUUUCAGAGACUACCCCAACUUGAGCAUCACCAUGGCUGGAUCAUGGGCCAUGUCCCAAGGACUGGAUAACAGUAUGAUCUUUGUGGUGACCUCUCUAUUUGAGGCCCUGGUGUCUGUAUUGGAGGUGAGACUGCUGGGGUCAGGGUCCGUGGACAACCUCUGCCAGCACCUGGAGAGGCUCUCCGUCAUGCCCAGUGCCCCUCUGAUGCCUGAAUCUCCUCUCAACGCUGAGUUGAAAAAGAAGGGUCCUAAACCUCCCACAAAAACAGGGAAACGUGGUGUGAAGGAGCAGCCUCUAGUUUUCCACACACAGGUCAAGUCAUCAGGAUACACACAAUGUCCCCGAAUGACAAUGUUCUCACCCAAGACCAAUGUUCAGAAGAAGACCCCAGGACCUACAAAGACCAACAAGAAGAUAGGAUGUCUCGUUAGUGAAUACCCAGGAGACACUGCAGCACCCAGUGUCCCACACACUAACCUCAGCACAGUCAAAACCCCUACACCAGUUUGCUGUACCCAAUACUCAGGAGAUGGAAAGCAGAUUCUGUGUGGUCUGGGAGACAGAUCUGUAUUGUUGUACAAGUCCUCCCUCACUGGCACUCCAGCUGUUUACACAGGUCAUGACAAGGCAGUGAGCAGUGUGGCCUGGAGUCACAGCAGACAGUGGUGGCUGAGUGCCUCAGAAGACAGGACCCUCCGCAUCUGGCCCACUGGAAGUCCUGAGCCUGCCGUUACCAUGGGGGGUGAUGAGAAGUUCUCCAAAACCAUCCGGGGGGCUCAGUUCUACUACCUGGAUAAGUUCCUGUUACUGGCAUCUGGUCCCUCCCUACACCUCUACCUGUAUCACCUGGACAACACACAGGACGACAUUAAAAGGUACCAGCAGAGGAGUGCCAUCAAACUGACAAGAUGUUUAGAGACUAAGUCAGGAACAGACAUCACUGCUGUGUCAGUCAUCAACGACUUCUACUCCUACAUAGUGCUGGUGAGUGGUGCUGACCGCUCCAUCCAGGUGUUGGACAUGAACACAGGGACAGUGGCCUCACAGCUCCCUGAUGCCCACAGCAGAGCUGUCCAUCACAUCACACAGAACAAGGGCUCUAUGUUCAGUAGCCAGACUCCAGACUCCUACAACCUCUUCCUGACCAGCGCAGUGACCGACGGAGUUAAACUGUGGGACCUGAGGACACUCAGGUGUGUGCGGCGGUAUGAGAACCACUUGAAUCGCUGUCAUCCCUGCACCGCAGCCUUUUCACCCUGUGGACGAUUCAUUGCUUCUGGCUCUGAAGACAACUGUGCCUAUGUGUAUGACAUCCGCAGCAGCAGCUACCUCCACAAGCUACAGAGACACUCCGACACCAUCCUCAAUGUGACCUUUAACCCUGCUACACCUGAGCUGCUGACCGGGACUCUGGACGGGAGGCUGAGUCUGUUCCGCCCUGGCAACGCCGCCAUCAGGGUCACCCUGUCAUGACAACCGGCUGGAUCCCAUUACAGGAGGCAAGCGCAUUCAAACAUUUGAAAGAAAGCAAAUGCUAUAUGAACCCAGGUCUGGACCUGACAAUGACGCUUGUGUUAUUUACACCAUACUGUAAUGGGGACCAACGGGCCUCGUUAGCUAGAGAGCUUCCUUUUAUCCCAUUGGCUGUGAUCUCACAGUGAGGCUUUACAGAGGGAUGGAUGCCAGGGCCUGGAGAGUUACAGCAGCAUUACUGAGACCCAGGGGCUACAGUGACAUCACCAUCUGACUGCACCGCUCAGCAGCCUGCGAGUCUGACACGCAGACGUUACUACAUACUAAAACACCCAUCCACAUGUACAGAUGUAUUUACAUUAGAAUGGAGACACACACAGACCUAGACAGAAAGAAAAGACUGGUAUGUUCAGUACAGAACUAUAUAUCACCUAUAUCCCAACAGUACAGUAGGUGAAAUGUGAAUAUUCAAGAUUAAACUGAUUUGAAUGCAUACAGAAUGCUUAACUGUUUUUGUGCUUCUUACUGUCCUUCUCCGUUCCACACUUCCAUAGUUCUGGCAAUUAGGCCUACUGCUCAGAUAACAUAUUUAUCCCCCCCCCCCCC